GCUGAAGGGAACGAUCGAUCUAGUUCGUUGUACAUGAUAACCUCUAGGGAAGAUGUUUAGAUCCGAAAUUUUUCUCAACAAAUUAUUGAUUUUGAAGUUUUGUUUGGAGCUUCCGAUCAUUUUUGAUUAAGUUGGUUCUCAACAGGACUGAGUCUGAGAGCCUCAGCGUUUCGGGACGAUGCACUGUGCGGACAAUUUUAGUAUCCGCUUGCUAACAUGAUGAACACGUUAUUGAAUGUGCGAGUAAUGCAAAUGCAUCAAAGGCAAAGUAUUUUGAGGUAGACACUGGUAAGAAUCAACAACAUGCUCGCAGAGACAAGAAUAAAGCACGUGCUACUUGUAGGCAUCCACGCUGGAUGACCGCACAACUUUGCAAACGGGGACGCCGCAUUUUCAGGCGUUCAAGCAAGACUGGGUGGCUUGAAAGGAUCGAGCUACGAACGUUUUAGUGACAUCGUGGAAUGUGACAUGCACGACGGUCGAUUUCAGGCCAUCAGAAAAAGCUCAGCAUGCGUGGACAGCAGGCAAACACGAGAGACCCACACGAUUCCAGUUGGAAACCUAAUUUGGCGGGCCCUAGCAAGAUCCUGCUAGUAGGCUCGAGAAGUGGGUACUAGCGCCUCCCUGACGAAGUACCAGGACCACUGGGGAUCGCAGCGGAACCCUCUAGCAGAAUACGUCACAACAACGCGUCCGGAAAUCGAGGAAGGGGGAACCCCAGCCGCUGUCCUUCAUUGAUUUUGAUAAGAUCUAGAUCGCCGUCGAAGACAGUUGACUCUUGUUUUUACCUCGCGACGAGAAGAUGGAAGUGCAACCGGGAGAGCAGCAGCCGCCGGCGCACGGGCCACCUGCGGAUCAGGCUGCGGAGGAUGAGGCGGCCCGAAAAAAGGCUAGAAGAGCAAAGCUCGAUGCGGCGCUCACGAUUAUGGUCCUUGAGCACGAAGCCGUAAGAUUAAUCGGCGGCGAACAAGCAGCCGGGCUCACGCAACUAGCGCAAGAGAUCUCAAAUAAGAUUCGCGAAUUGGGGCAUCAAGUAGACGAGGACAUAGAGAUCCUCGUGCCAAAAAGCAGUCAGGACGGGUAAGAAUUUAUUGUAAAGAUAACAAACAAGAAGAGUUUAAUAUGGUCUAAUCCUUGAUGAAGAAAACUUCAAACUUUCACUCCACCAAUCUUCAUGAUUGUUUGUACUACUUAAUUCCAUUUCACACCUGCUACCGGGAUCAGCAUUACGUAACUUCUUCGUUAUUCUUCAAUAUCCUCACUGCUCAAUUCAGGAAGCAUCGAAAGAUGAUUCUGGAAAACGUACCACGAGAUUUGUACGCUCUAGCACUAGAUGUUAUACUACCGCAUGUGAUAUUCGCCGCACAGAGGAAGAAAAACGCGAAUGGCGAAGUUGAAUUCGUCACACUAAAGGACGAAAGGCGGCCAGGACAAAUUUACGACGAGAACACUGACGCAGCAGGAUCAUCCGAGCAAGGCCUUUCGUACAUUACCUGCUAAUUUGAUAUGCCUGCUAGUAGAUGGUGAACAGAAGCAGAACGAAGGAGCCUCUGUAAUAGACAAGAGUAUGCUGUUUUUUUCGGAUCAUCACAUUUACCAUAAGUAGCUUCUGUAGUUAGCAGUCUUCAGUUUAGUUAGUUUCAUCUCCUAGCUUUCAUGAUGGUUAAUCCAAACACAUCACAGAGAAUGGGAUAGAAAUGAGUUAGGCCUGCAGCAAACAGGGAAGGGCAGGGCAAUGAAAGUGCUGACAGUCAGUGUCGACAAAAUAGGUCUGCUUAUCGGGAGAGGCGGCAGCAAGGUGCGAGAAAUUCAAGAAUCGACAGGUACUGAUCCCGAACCCGAAAUACUUGUCUAAGCAGAUAUAUGCCUACAUGAUUAGGUCUUCGACGAGAUACAUUUACAGUCUUGGUUCUUGUUGUGCGUAGCAACUUUGAUUUUUUCGCAACAAAAAUUCUCUUCUAUGUAUUUCACUCUUUUUUUAGGUGCGGAAGUGCUAAUAGAGCCAACAGACUACAGAAGUGAGCCACCCGUAACGCGAGUACGUGUCACGGGGGAAGAGGGGAAAGUUGCAAAAGCAGUGACGAUAUUAGAAGAAAUCCUAGCAUGGGCAGCUGCGCAUCCACGAGAAGAAGCAGGUGCGAACUUUUUGAUUUUGACUUUGAUUUUCUUCAUAUAAAAAAUGUCGUUCACCAGUGGCACGAACCGUGUUGUGGCACAAGAUAUCAUAGAGUAUGCUCAGUUUCAGUACGUUGCAUAAUAUGAAGAUGUUGAGAUGCAGGUUGCAACCCAACGUGUUGCAUUGUGCCUGUAAAAACGAUGUCGACUUGUAUCGCGCAUUUUCAGGUAAGAAGAUGGAGGUUUCUCUCCACCAUGUACCGAAGCUAUUGAAGUUGUCAGCUACGGAGUACAACCAGGAGCACAAUCUCUAUGCGCAGUCAAAGAUUAGCAGUAACCACACUGGUGCAGAGAAUUUGAAGACACUUGAAGAAGAGUCGGGCGCGGAAAUCGAGAUUGACCAGACAACAGGGAACCUCGGGUAAUAUCUAUCGCUUCUUAUUUGUGCUUCGUUUUGUCGCGCAUGAACUAACACCAACAAAUUACGGUGCAAGUACUAGCAAAUGCAACCCUCCUUGUACUAAUAUUCACUACAACAGCCAGUAAUCUCACACACGCAAAUCCGAUCAGGUACUCAACAAUUCUCAUACGUGGCGAAGAGAGGGCAAUGGCAAAAGCUGUCGAUAUUAUUACAAAGGACUACAUCUACAAAAGCGACAACUCACACCUCUUUGUGGAUAUGGGUACCUUUUCAUAUUUCGCAAUUGAAAUCAUGAUCGUGUUCGUGAUAUUGCGAGGUUCAUCGUGGGCACGUGAAUUUUGGGUGCACUAUUUGAUAUGAAAUUUCUUGUGAUGAUCAGAUUAGUUCCUUUCAAGAAUCAUCUUGUUCAAGUAAUGUGAGACUCACGCCAUGCCAUAACCCAAACUUCUCAGGUGCUGAAUGGAUGGUCCAUCCUAGUAAAUGGAGGAGGCAUAUAGAAGCGCGAGCCAAUGCGCCACACCCACCACCAGUUAUAGCACCGCCAGGCGUUGGCGUGAAGGGCAAAGGCAAAAUAUUCGAUCCAAUGAUAGGCAAAGGAAAAGGCAAGCCGGCUGGCAAGGACCCUCUAGGUACUUGCAGUUUCAGUAUACUUUGUUACUUGAUGAACAGAUCCCCUUGGAGUUCCACCUCGGUCAUUGAAGUGCACAAGCACAAGGCGGCAAGUAGGCAAUUGCACUACUUGAUGAUGAUCCUUCUAUAAUCGGUAUGGGAUUCUAGUACAACAACUUCUUCUUCUUGUGCAAAAUGUUCCUCGAAAUGGAAAUGACCUUAUAUAUCAAAUUCGAUUUUUGUGAUCAGGUAAAGGUCUUCCACCCAGUGCAUUGGCAAUACCAGCAGAGAUGGCCGGCAAGAAGGGUCCAAUAGGAAAAGACUUCGGAGGCGGACUCAAAGGUCCAUACGACUUCAUACCACCACCCGACAAGGGAUUUUUUGCGGGAAAGAAGGGGAAAUUUUUCGGCAAAAAGGAUCCAUUUGGAAAGGGCGAGUUCGAUAUUAGUGGCUUUGGCAAAAUGGAGUUUGCAGGAAAGCCUGCCUAUGGGCCUGCAUUUCCACCACCACCAGCGGGAGCGAUACCGAAAGGCCUAGCUUUUCCGGGUAAGGGUUUCGCGCUUGAUCCAUUUGCAGCAGGGAAAUUUGGCGCCCCACAGCCAGCAGACAUAUCACCCGCAAGUGGACAAGCCGCGCCUUCGGAAGCACCAACAGCCUAUGCCUAGUAAAUAUAUUUCUUGUAGUUGCUCGCCGAUCGAGAACAUGCCGUUAGGUUAGGUCGCAUGGCAGCCUCUGCAAAUGAUGUUGUUUGUCAAUGAUUCUACUGUCGCUUUUCACUUGUGCUAAAAAGCACCAUGUCCAAGAACUACACGAUAUUGCGCACAGUGUUGUCCCCUCGCAUUUAUGAAAAUGUGUGUAUCCCACGUGAUAUAUCAUCUAUCAUACAACGCGCAGCUCUCCCCGCCCAAACAGAACGCCCGCAUUUGCUCAAUUCAAUUACUCCUCUUUUUGUUUCUUCUGUCAAUUGUCAUAACUUGUUUCGAAGGCAAGCAUUAGCAUUUGGGAUCGGGAUCAUAACUAUUUGUAAUCCUCGCCCAUGUGGAUGUGCAACUUGUUGCAGACGCCAAUUAGUGGUGCCGCUGAGCUGUUGAUUGAGUCUAUUUUCAUGGUAAACAAUUAUAAAUAUGAUGUGAGGCCAAAAGCAAAAAAUUCACAAUUGAAUCGCCCGCGUCUAUCACUACAAAAGAAAGAAAGACAAGACGCCUAGCAGAAUGGCAGAGAGACGUCCAUGAGACAAAACUUUUCCGGCAAACAACUUCUUCGUGUUCUCGCGCCACCGCUUGUCUGCGUGGUUGGG